GUGUCGGCGGCAGCCCAGAGUGGUCCCGGGCGCUGAGCCUGGUCCCCCGAGGGCGCCGCCGGCCGCCCCGCCCCGCCCCGCCCCUCGAACCCGCGUAGCCGGGUGCGGCGUGGGCUGCCAAGUUUCGCGGCGCGUGUCGAUUGAGGCACCGCGUUGACUCGGGCUUGGUUUGGCUGCACGCGGCUCUGGACGGCGGUGACGGCUGACCGGGAACUCGGGUUGCGCCGACCCACCGUGCUCUUGGCUGCGCGAUCCGCGCGGGUCUCAGCACCCAGCUCCCCGGUUGCCCGGCUGCCCGCGCGCCCUCCAGUCGCAGGGUGGGUCCGCAGCCGCCGGUGCGCCCGCGCUCUGUCUCUCCCUCCCCGCGCCGACCCUUCGCCGCCGCCGCCCACCAUGGCCUGUAGCCCUGCUCGGACGAGCGCAGGACGGGGUCCCCGGCUGCUGCCUCUGCUGGCGCUGCUUCUGGUGCUGCUCCGGGACGCCGGCUGCGGCUACUCGGCACCAGCGCGGUCUAACCAGCCCGCGGCCGCCGACGGCCCAGCGGGGAUCGAGGACCCCCAGCGGUCCUUGGAGGAUGUGGCCGCUGCCCCGGGCGCUGGCGCCCAAGACAUGGUCACUAUGCACAUGCUCCGGCUUUAUGAGAAAUACAGCCGGAGGGGCGCGCGGCCGGGAGGGGGCAACACGGUCCGCAGCUUCCGCGCUCAACUAGAAGUGGUCGACCAGAAGAUUGUGUAUUUCUUCAACCUGACUUCCAUGCAGGACUCAGAAAUGAUCCUCACAGCCACAUUCCACUUCUACUCCGAGCCUUGGUGGCCCAGAGCGUGGGAGGCACCGUGCAAGCAGCAGGCCAAGAAUGGGUCCUGCCGCCUGCUGCCCCUGGACCCUCCUACACGCCAGCACCUGCUCUUCCGAAGCCUCUCGCAGAACACAGCCACCCAGGGGCUGCUCCGCGGGACCAUGGCGCUGGCACCCCCACCACGGGGCCUGUGGCAGGCCAAGGACAUCUCCCCUAUCAUCAAGGCAGCCCGCCGGGAUGGUGAGCUGCUCCUCUCCACCCAGCUGGAUUCUGGAGAGAAGGCCCCAGGGAUGCCCAGGCCCAGCCCCCACACACCCUACAUCCUCAUCUAUGCCAACGACCUGGCCAUCUCAGAACCCAAUAGUGUGGCAGUGACACUGCAGAGAUAUGACCCCUUUCAGGCUGGAGACCCAGAGCCUGGGGCAGCCCCCAACAGCUCUGCAGACCCCCGUGUGCGCCGGGCCACGCAGGCCACUGGGCCCCUCCAGGACAACGAGCUGCCAGGGCUGGAUGAGAGGCCAGCACAUGCCCCCCCUGCCCAGCACUACCAUAAGCACGAAAUGUGGCCUAGCCCCUUCCGAGCCCUGAAGCCCCGGGCAGGGCGCAAAGACCGCAGGAAGAAGGGCCAGGAUGUGUUUAUGGUCGCCUCACAGAUGCUAGACUUUGAUGAGAAGACAAUGCAGAAAGCCCGGAGGAAGCAGUGGGACGAGCCAAGGGUCUGCUCUCGGAGGUACCUGAAGGUGGACUUCGCAGACGUCGGGUGGAACGAAUGGAUCAUCUUGCCCAAAUCCUUUGAUGCCUACUACUGCGCGGGAGCCUGCGAGUUCCCCAUGCCCAAGAUUGUCCGUCCUUCCAACCACGCCACCAUCCAGAGCAUCGUCAGGGCUGUGGGCAUAGUCCCAGGCAUCCCAGAACCCUGCUGUGUUCCAGACAAGAUGAACUCUCUGGGAGUUCUCUUCCUGGAUGAGAACCGGAAUGUGGUUCUGAAAGUGUACCCCAACAUGUCUGUGGAGACCUGUGCCUGCCGGUAAGACCAGUGUCUCCAGGAUGGGUGGACACCUCCGCCUCACCCUAUGCCCAGGAGGGCAGCAUCCUUGGAAACUUUUGGAGCAAGGGCUUGAUUUGGGGUGCAGCUGCAAACAUAGGGCAGAGCUUAUAGGCAACCUUGUUGGGUCCCAGAGAGAUCUGUCCCCUGGGGCAUCAUUCUGGAGUCUUGUAUUGCUAGUGACUUAGUUCCCAAAAUGACAGUCUGCAUCCCCAAAAAGAAUCUGGGAAUUGGCCCUGGCUUGAAGACUGCUCACCCACCAUCCAUCCCAUCUGCUCAGAAGGACUGAAAACCGAACAUGUCUAAAAUGAUGGCUUUUCAUGAUCAUCUCAUAACCUGGGAAGAAGACUGUAAGCCUGAGGGUACUCACUCCUUUCACAUGGAAAGAACCUCUGUUCAAAUGAUCAGUUUAAACACUCUGAGCCACAUUGAUACUGGGAACCAGGAACUAAAUAAUUGUAUAAGUGGCUGUUGUCUUUCAAACUCAAGCAAAAAAAGUUUUUAUGCAUAUACUAUGCACAUGUAACCAAGUUUGGUUUCUUUUCUUUAAUAUGUAUUUUAUUUUAAAAGAAAAAGGAGGGAGUUGACACCAUUCCCCACAGAGGUAAUCA